UAUGUUUUGGUUUUCAAUAGUGUAAACAUUUUUAUAAAAACAUUGUUUUGCCGUAAUUGUUUAUAUUUACUAAAUACUAAAAAUAUUGAGAAUAUCCUUAUAGUUUUGCUUGGCUAAUAAAUCGACUUUUGUGAUGAUUACAAAUUAGUGAGUAACCUCUAUCAUUAUUAGCACAGUUUGUGUAUUUUGUUUUGUUUCUGUUGCGGAUAAAAUAUCUUUGUGUGAUAUGAAGAAUGGACGAUCAAGAACCUCGAAUAGAGGAACUCAAAACAGUUUCGCGAAAGCUCAAGGUAGACGAAGAUUUUACUCCUCCUGUGGAUAUGAUGGUCCAUGAUUAUGAUGACGAGCAAACUUUAGACGAAGAAGAAGCAUUAGGUGCACUUGAGGAUCCGCAGGUAGAAUUAUCAAGUUUAGAAAAAGAAAGUAAAAUGCCAUUGGAAGAUCUCAUAGCCAUGUAUGGAUAUGAUAAUGGUUCAGAAGAAAACAAGUCUACUGAAGAGAAUUCUGAGAAAAAGUCAGAUCCUUCAGAGCUUGAACAAUUGUACAAUGACAGUGAAGAAAUUAAUGUACGAUCUACCAGAUAUGGCUCCCGAGCUCAAAGUGAAGAUGAUGACGAUGAUGACUACAGCCCAGAGGAAAGUAGGAAAAAAACUAUCAUGGUGGGUUCAGACUAUCAAGCACAAAUACCAGAGGGCUUAUGUAAAUAUGAUGAUGCAUUGCCCUACGAAAAUGAAGACAAACUUGUAUGGGAUCCUCGCGAUUUGAGUCUGAAAGAAAUAGAAGACUAUCUAAUCAGAGCUGCUGAGCCAGCUGGAAGUGGUGUUAGUGGUAUACCAAUAGGAAAUCAUACUAGAGAUGAUGAAGGAGCUCUAUUCCUUCUUCUUCAGUGUGGAUAUAAUAUUGAUGAAGCCCUAAGGAGGCUUAAAUUAAGCACCCCUGCACAAGCAUCUGAAUUGCCCUUAUGGUCAGAAGAAGAAUGCAAACAUUUUGAAGCAGGACUUAGAACGUUUGGGAAAGAUUUUCGUCUUAUCCAGUUAAACAAGGUUCGCACACGCUCAGUUGGAGAGCUAGUGCAAUUUUACUACCUGUGGAAAAAGACAGAACGUCAUGACAUUUUUGCCAACAAAGCCAGAUUAGGCAAGAAAAAAUAUUCGUUACAUCCGGGAGUAACUGAUUACAUGGAAAGAUUUCUUGAAGGUGAUGAACGUCCCAGGACCGAAUCUCCAUCCAUACAUUCUCUUCUUUAUGGAGAUCAUAAAUGGAGAAACGAUGACGACGUACCUACAGUAAAAGAAGAAAAGUAGUAAACAUGAACAAUAUUUACAUGAAUUUGACUGAUUGUAUAGUGAUUAGAAAGUAUUUUUCUCAUGAAAAUUAAAUAUACCUGUAUUUAUUAAUAAGAGUACAUAUUAGCAAGAGAUAAACUAAUUUUUUAUUGUUAUUUAUAAGAGUAUUUGAGUGUAAAAUCUGACAAUGAAAGCCACAAAAUAGAAUUCAUUCAUAGGCUGAUUGACUGGUGUCUCUUGAAGAAAUCCUGAAUGCUCCUGAUGAGCUCAUUUUGUCUAUGAAGAAUGACAAAUAUAUUUUUUACUGGCGAUUGUUACUGUUAUUUUGUUAUGGAUUUAUAUGUAGUUUUAUAAGCCAAUAACACCUGUUGUAGUAUUUAUACAUGUGUAUAUAUUUCUUUUUUUUAAAUGAAAUUAUUUGUUUGUUUAUUUAGAG